AGAUAGGAAUUAAAUGUUGUUCACGAAGCCCAUAAAUGCCGGUGAGAGUUACCCAUUCAGAAUUAAGGAGUUUGGAGAAGUUCAACUCAGGCAUCUCGAGGCUGCAACGAGUGCAUUGUCUGGCUUACACGCAAUAGCUUUCUGUUUGGAGGAUGAGUUUUGGCAGCUUUAUCCCUGUUGGAAGCUUCCGUAAUCAAGAAAACUGCCAGGCGUCAAACAGGAUGGACGCGUCUCGGUUGCAGUUUGCUUCAAAACCAAAACAAAGGACUGUGCUCGGCGAAUUGAGUGAAAACGAACAGUACAGCCGGUUCCACGGUCAGGCUGGCCUACACUCCAAGCAUGGAUCAGGUUUGGAAAAUGCAUUCCCAGCAGUCUCGUUGACUAGCAUCCCGUCCUGUCGCUCCAGUUCUAGCUUCGAUGUUUAUGUCGACGAACCGAAUGAGGUCGUACUACCGGUCACCAACGCGAUGGUGGCACCAGGGCCUCUGUUGCUCGAGGAGGACAUGGCUGCUAUGCAGCACAAAGAUUUUAGACUCUUCUUGGAACUUAGUGCAGGAUCCUGUAUGGAUGCCUCUAUGCGAUCUCAGCCAGAGGACGAACCUUCGAGUGCCCAUGACGUCCUUACUGUGGCAGAAUAUGCUGAGGACAUUCAUCAACACUUGCGAGACCGUGAAGUGAAAUUCAGGCCAAAGCCUGGCUACAUAAAGAAGCAGCCGGAUAUCACCAACAGCAUGCGGGUUGUGCUGGUGGACUGGCUGGUGGAGGUCGGGGAGGAGUACAAGCUGUGCGCCGAGACCAUUUAUCUGGCGGUGAACUACAUGGACCGCUUCCUGUCCUGCAUGUCCGUUCUCAGGGGGAAGCUGCAGCUCGUGGGAACGGCUGCCAUUCUCCUGGCUGCGAAGUACGAAGAGAUCUACCCUCCGGAUGUGGACGAGUUUGUGUACAUCACGGAUGACACGUACACGAAGAAGCAGCUACUGCGGAUGGAGCACCUGCUUCUCAAGGUCCUCUCCUUCGACAUGACCGUUCCCACAACCCAUCAGUUCCUCAGGCAGUUCAUGGUCACCGAACCAGUUUGCACCAAGACUGAGAACCUGGCUCUGUAUGUUGCGGAGCUAAGCUUGCUGGAGGUUGACCCUUUCCUGCUACAUGUUCCGUCCAAGGUUGCUGCAGCAGCCUACUGUCUCGCAAACUACACUAUGAACAAGGCCUUAUGGCCCGACUCCCUGUACGCAUUCACCGGCUACUCCUUGGCGGAAAUCGCUCCCUGUCUGAAGGAUCUCCAUAAACUGUACCUGGGUGCUGAUUGCCGCCCCCAGCAGGCCAUCAGGGAGAAGUACAAGAGCUCAAGAUAUGGCAGUGUGUCACUCCUUGGUCCUCCAAGGUCCCUGCCUAUUCAAUGAUGCAAAGUGGACUUUCAAACACGAACUCUCAGCGCUUACCUGUUCUCUGGACACUGAACCCAUGAGGCAAAUGGGACUCAUGGGAAAUUUUUAAUAUUUUUAAAUUGCAUUUUUAAGACCUUGUAUAGACUCUAUCCUAGGUAGAUCCUACUGGUAGCUAUCAAGUAACAAUUUUUAAACUUUUUUUUUUUUUUUUCUAAAGCUAAGUAUUUGUAACCUGCUUCUGACCCCUGUACUGUGUUAAUGUGGUGUGGAUGUAUUUGUCAGCUGAUCAGUUCAGUCUCCGUCUGUGGAAACGGGUGGUUUUUAAUCCAUUUGCCUGCUGUCCUGAAUUUGCUAUACAAUCAUUUUUGGACUGAAACUGCUGAAUGGAAUUAUGAAUUUGAACCUGUACACUGUUUACAAUGUGAUUAAAGAAGCAAGUAACACUA